AAGAUGUACGUUAAAGCUGUACUACAGCACGCCCCAGAGGCACCCUUGGUACCAAGGGGAGCUUCUAAAUAGGACAAAGGCGAUACAACGGGCAGGGAGAUGGAGGCCAGGCAGAAUUAUUCUCCAUUCCAAGGACGUAGCAUCCCUGUGAUGCACUCGACACCACCCAAUAAGAAAAGAAGUUGUUUUCGUAAGUGCCUGUGUUGGACUAUCUGCCUGCUCUUGCUGCAAGUGAUUGUGGUUGCGAUCACCGGUGGAAUUUUAUACCUUGUGUUACGACCAAAGCUUCCCAAAUACACGGUGAGCAAACUGCAGAUAACGCAGUUCAGUCUCAACCAUGAUCACAGCUUAAGUGCUACAUUCAAUGUGAGCAUCACUGCCCGGAACCCCAACAAAAAGAUCGGCAUAUACUAUGAAGGCGGGAGCCGCAUAAGUUUGUGGUACACAAGCACUAAGCUUUGUGAAGGAGGUUUGCCUAAAUUCUACCAGGGUCACCGCAACACAACUCAACUUGUAGUACCACUCAGUGGACACACUCAAGAUGCAAAGGGCCUGCUCACCGCACUCCUACAUCAGCAGCAACAAACUGGCAACGUUCCGCUCACUCUCAGGGUUCGGCAACCCAUAAGGAUAAAGCUUGGCAGCUUCAAGCUCCCAAAGAUCAAGUUUGUAGUCAGGCACAGGCUGUUGGUUGACGGUCUUUCAGAGAAAAACGAUAUUAGAAUUCAAAGCAGUAGCCGUAAGUAUAUACGUAACGCUGUAAAAGAUAGAAAGCAUCAGCUUUUCGGAAACCUCAUAGCCUAAGCCUGAAUCGAUCUGUGUAUUCCUUCAGAUGUCUUAAUUUUCAUAUGUAUGAUGUCCAAAAACAAUAAGGCCAAGGGGGUUAUCUUCAAUAUUUACACAUUCGUAAUGAUAGCAUUGGAUUACAUCAUGUCAUCCAAUUGGUGAAGGGUACCAGUCUACAUACCCCAAAAUGAUGUCUUGAAUUAAUAGAAUCAAAAAUGUUUUUAAUUUCCAGCCGCUG